AUGAGGUCUCGCAUCGAGAGUCGGGGCGCUGCUCACAAGUCGCUGCAUCCGUCUCGCGAGCUCAAGGCCAUCCUGCAACGGCAUUGGCAAAGUCACCAAGCCGCCAGUGAAGAUGAGCUCCAAGUGUUUGAUGCCCAAGUGGCAAUCGAUGUGGAGACACAUGUCGUGGAGAAGGCCUUGCAGGUCUCAACUGCAUUGCGGCGUCUUGGGUGGGCACCGCGCUUACGUCGGCUGACAUCUGCAGAUCCCGAAGCUGACGAGUGGGUCUUCUUCCCUCAAGUUGACGACCGGCCGUCAUUCUUCUGGAAUCGGCGAACCGACCAGUCAGUGUGGCAGAAACCGCCGGUGGAGCCUGCGUGGCUGGGCUUUCCGGCGGAGGAUCGGGCCUUCUUCAGGCUCGGGUAA